AACCUUUACUUUGAAGUUGCGACACAACCAAAACACCGGAAAUAAGCGUGAGUGCGGAAGUAUUGAUGACCCCGUGUAACGUGUCCAAACUAGGAAGUUAAAGCAGAUUAAAAUGGUUUUCGUAUAAGUCAAAUAAGCAGGGACAUUUACGGAGUUGGCAGCUGCAACCUCGGGUUAAAUUUGUUUAUUUUUGCAGUGCGGACCUUUCUCUGUGUUAGAUUCUCCGGAGUGUCGGCCGGGUCGUGCUCCGACAGGUGAGCCAUGCAACCCAGCCGCACGUAAGGAUGGAAAACCUGCGCUCUAGGCUGAAGCUGGGGAGCAAAGCAAAGGACGUGAAGCUGAGGAAACGGAGGUCCCUGCUUUACUCCAAGGAGGAUGGGAGACUUUUAAACCACGGUUUACUGAAGGUGGUUCUCUUCACUGUGGUGUUCAGGCUGGUUAACUGUGUCCUGGUCCAGACCAGCUUUGUCCCUGAUGAGUACUGGCAGUCCCUGGAGGUGGCCCAUCGGAUGGUCUUUAAAUAUGGGUAUCUAACCUGGGAGUGGAAAGCAGGAAUCAGAGGAUUCUCAUUCCCAUUGUUCUUUGCAUUCCUGUACAAAAUACUACACCUUCUAAACUACGACACAGUCCAUCUCCUGAUUUGGCUUCCUCGAGUGGUUCAAGCUCUCCUGGCUGCCUUGGCUGACGUGAAACUCUACCUGCUCAUCCGAACACUGGAAACUCAGGACGUCUCAAGAUGGACGUUCUUUUGCCAGCUGUGCUCCUGGUUCUCCUGGUUCUGCUGCACCAGGACUCUGACGAACACCGCUGAGACCACCCUCACCUGUUUGGCUCUGUUCCACUUCCCUCUGCCGGGGUCCAAAACUUACAGCAGUAAAAAGUACUUGUCUCUGGUGGCCUUGGCUGUGCUUGUGCGUCCGACGGCCCUGGUUGUCUGGUUUCCUCUGCUGAUGUUCCAUUUCUGGCAGGAGGAGAACAAACUGAGACUCAUCACUCGUUGCUACGUUCCUAUAGGGAUUUUGGCAGUUCUGAUUUCAGCGCUGAUCGACUGUCUGUUCUACGAAAAGUGGACUUUGGUGCAGCUCAACUUCAUAAAGUUCAACAUCCUGCACGGUGUGGCAGAUUUCUACGGCUCCCAUCCCUGGCAUUGGUACUUCAGCCAGGGCUUCGCCGUCGUCAUCGGCCCCCAUCUUCCUUUCUUUCUACAUGGAUGCAGCCUCGGCUUCAGGAAAUACAGAAUCCUGCUGGCCACAGUUCUGUGGACUGUUGUUGUUUACAGUUUCCUUCCUCACAAAGAGUUCAGGUUCAUCUACCCUGUACUGCCAUUCUGCAUGAUCUUCUGCGGAAUAUCUUUGGCUCAUCUCAAAGCGUGGCGGCGACCAGCUGCAGCCUUCCUCUUGGUGUCCAACCUGGUUCUGGCUCUGUAUACGGGUCUGAUACACCAGCGAGGCACUCUGGAUCUCAUGAGCCACCUUCAGAGGCUUUGUGAGGUCGGCAGCGACUCCGCCCGCCCGCAGUCCGAUGUCUUCUUCCUCAUGCCCUGUCACUCAACACCCCUCUACAGCCACGUCCACUGUCCUCUGAAGAUGAGGAUCCUGGAGUGUCCUCCAGACCUCGGCGAGGACGGCUACGCUGAAGAAGCUGCACAGUUUUACAGCAAUCCUCUCAUCUGGCUCUGGACUGCCUUUCCAUACAAAUCCUCCCUGCCGACACAUCUGGUUCUGUUUGACGUUUUGGAAAAGGAAAUUUCCACGUUCCUGCAAGCGAAUAACUUCACGAGGACAGCAGAGAUAUUUCACACUCACGUUCCCGAGGGAAGAGUUGGAGGAAGCAUCUUUAUUUAUGAAAGGCACUGAAAAAAAAAAAACCCUAGCAGAAACACCAAGGAAAAUGUAACAAUUUAUUACUGUAAUAAAUAUUUUAAACUCCAA